UUCACAACUAAUUUGUCAGUUUUAUUUAGAUACAAAUUACAGCAAAUUAAUAUCAAUGAAGAGACACAUACAAAUACAGUUGAUGAAUCAAACGAAUAUGAAGCGAUUAUUUCUUGCAUAAAACUGCACUACAGAUUAUUAAAGUUUAUCGACAAAAUUAAUUCAUGUUUCUCUUUUUAUUUAUUUAUGAUGGUUCUUAUAACAGUUAGUAUAAUAAGCUGUUACUGUGCAUUGAUUGCUUACCAUUUGGAUGAUAUAAACUUUCUUGUUCGAGGUGGAUUUGCUUUCAUUGCUCAAAUUAUACAUCUAUUUUUCAAUUGUAUGAGCGGACAAUUAGUACAAACACAAUCUUCUAAUUUGGUUAAUUAUAUUUAUGAAGCAUUUCCAUGGUAUAAAUUUUCAAAAAAUAUAAAAUUACCAAUAUUUUUAAUGAUGUGUCGAAGUAUGAAACAAUGUAAUAUAAAAAUUGGCAAAACUUCUGUUUUAUCAUUCGAUAUUUUGUGUACUGUACGUAAAAAAUUAUAA